GGUGUGUAUCGGAAGUCUGAUCACACACGGAGCUGCAGUGCGCGCGGACAGGAGAUCGGAUGCGGGAGGAAGGUCCGCACACGCGCACCCUCACCUGAUGAAGACAUGAAUCUAUAAAUCUAUGGAUCUGUGAAUCUGUGAUCCCCUGAAACCACUUUCCCGCCCUCCUCUCGUGCACGCGCAGACCUCUCCUCUGGGCCUGGGGAGACUCGUCCGCGAGACUCGACGCGCACCUGCGCGGGUCCGAAGGUGCGCUCCGUUUCUCCACCCGUGGACCGUUUUUUCUCCGUGGCUUCGGCGCACGUGGGGAAAGUUUUUGGAACAUUUUAGGAGAGUUUAAUGAGGCGGGAAGGUGCGCGCGGCAACAUCAAAGAACAGGUCCGCUGUGCCCGCUGAGAGAGACGCACGCACGGACGCACACGCACCAGGAGCCGGGCGCCGGAAGCCUUCCUCGGAUGGAGAGCCGGCGGCGCAGCGCGCGUGAGAGAGGAGACCAGCACGUUACCAGCUCCCAGCGCGCACCGGAGACACCAGCGGGACCGCGAGCCGCAGCCGCGCGGGGGCUCGUCUCCGAAGGAGCAGAAGAACGCAAGGAGGAGGCUUCUCCCGGUUCUCCCGGUUCUCCCGGUUCUCCCGGUUCUCCCGGUUCUCCGCCGACCCGCUGAUCGGGGACCGCGUUGGGUUAGCGAGUCACCGGGACGAUGCUCCCGAUCAGCCCCAGAGUCCCGUCCGAAGGUUAAACAAGACAAGAGCGGCGUUUGUCUGCUGCUGCUGGACCAGUGUCGAUCCCAGUGAUCCCAGUAAGGGGGACCGGUCCGUGUUGGGAGAAGGGGGGAGAAGGGUGGGAGAAGGGGGGAGGUUUUCUAAAAGUAGACGCGGGAGCGCAUCGGAGACGUCCCGGGGACCAUGAUCAGGAUCUUCCCGGAUUUCAGCGUCCAGGUGACGGCUUCGGGAGCCGCAGGCGGCGGCGGAGGCGGCGGGAUGCUGUCGGGACCCCCGGUGGGUCGCGUGCCGGUCCCCGGAGCCACGAACGGGUCCCCGCAGAGCGCGCAGGGCAUCGCCGCCUACCAGCAAAGUGACCCCUACUGGGAGCGGCCGGCCAAUGCAGGCAGCUGCUCCGCCGCGCGGCCCAAGACCCUCCACCUGGCCGGCCAGCAGCACACCUCGUCGCCAUGGCUGCAGGCCCUGAGGAAGGAGAAGUCCCGGGACGCGGCGCGCUCGCGGCGGGGGAAGGAGAACUUUGAGUUCUACGAGCUGGCCAAGAUGCUGCCGCUGCCGGGCGCCAUCACCAGCCAGCUGGACAAGGCGUCCAUCAUCCGCCUCACCAUCAGCUACCUGAAGAUGAGGGACUUCGCCAACCAGGGGGACCCGCCCUGGAACCUGCGCAUGGAGGGCCCGCCCCCCAACACCUCCGUCAAAGCCAUCGGCACACAGCGGAGGAGGAGUCACAGCGCCGUCGCCUCGGAGAUCUUCGAGCCUCACCUGGGCAGCCACAUUUUACAGUCUCUGGACGGGUUUGUUUUUGCACUAAACAAGGAGGGACGCUUCCUCUACAUCUCUGAGACCGUCUCCAUCUACCUGGGACUGUCGCAGGUGGAGCUGACGGGCAGCAGCGUCUUCGACUACGUCCACCCAGGAGACCACGUGGAGAUGGCGGAGCAGCUGGGCAUGAAGCUCCCCCCGGGCCGAGGCCUGUCCCUGUCCCAGGGGAACGUCAACGAGGACGGGGCCUCCUCCGCCUCCUCCUCCUCGCCCUCGGAGACGCCGGAGCCAGUGGAGUCCAGCAGUCCGAGUCUCCUGGCCGCCGACAACCUGCUGGAACGAUCCUUCUUCGUGAGGAUGAAGUCGACGCUCACCAAGAGAGGAGUGCACAUCAAGUCCUCAGGAUACAAGGUGAUCCACGUCACGGGGCGCCUGCGCAUCAGGAUGGCUCUGACGCACGGCCGCUCCGUGCCCAAUCAGAUCAUAGGGAUGGUGGUGGUGGCUCACGCCCUGCCCCCCCCCACCAUCAACGAGGUCCGCAUCGACUGCCAGAUGUUCGUGACCCGGGUCAACAUGGACCUCAAGUUCAUCUACUGCGAGAACAGGAUCAGUGACUACAUGGACCUGGCGCCGGCGGACGUGGUGGGCAGGAGGUGCUACCAGUUCAUCCACGCCGAGGACGUGGAGGGGAUCCGAGAGAGUCACCUGGACCUAAUAAACAAGGGUCAGUGUGUGACGAAGUACUACCGGUGGAUCCAGAAGAGCAGCGGUUACAUCUGGAUCCAGUCCAGCGCCACCGUCGCCAUCAACGCCAAGAACGCCAACGAGAAGAACGUCAUCUGGGUCAACUACGUCCUGAGCAACCACGAGUACAAAGACACGCCCAUGGACCUCGCCCAGCUGCCCCCCCUGCCCGAGAAGACCUCCGAGUCCUCCGAGACCUCUGACUCCGAGUCCGAGUCCAAAGAGACCUCCGACAACGAGAAUGGCAAGUCGGAGGGGAAGCCGAGCAGCCAAACAGAGCGCGAGGACCCGGAGAUGGAGAGCCGGCGCCAGACCGGCCAACCGCACCGCUCCUCCGAGCAGGAGGUGAAGCGCCAGGAGGAGGGCGACAGCUCCAGCAACCCCGAGAGCCAGGAGAGCGACGACAGUCUGGAGGCCUCGGACGGGGAGGCGGAGGAGCAGGAGGAGGCCAGGCGAGGAGCAGGAGGCGGAGAUGGAAGUGAUGGCGGCAGGCUCGGGAGGUUGGCCGCGCUGGGAGGAUUGGGAGGACUGGGCGCCAUCGGAGGUCUGGGCAGUCUGGGCGGGCUUCACAUUAAGGUGGAGCACUACGGCGAAGGGGAAGACGCGCAGUUGCACAGCUCACUAACGUCUUCGUCCGAGGAGGAGGAGGAGGACGAGGAGGAGGAGGAGGAAGGAGGAGAAGUGCAGGAGUGCGACAGCGACGGCGGCGGGAAGCUGCAGAAGGGGCGGAAGAGGAGGAAAGUGCAGAAGUGGGACGGGUCCCGGGGCAGGAGACUCCGCCUCUCCCCGCCAAGCGCUGACAGCCCCGUCGCCUUGGGAGACGCGGCCGCGCUGGUGGACCCCUCCGAGGCCGCGCCCCGCCGGCUCCGCCCUCCUGCUCGCCCCCGUCGAUCGCCGCCCUCGGGCCUGAAGAUCAAGACGGAGAUGGCGGAGCCCAUCAACUUCGACAACGACAGCAGCAUCUGGAACUUCCCGCCCAACCGGGAGAUCCACCGCAACGAGUCGCCGUACAGCAUGACCUCCAAACCGGGGCCGCCGCCGGGCUCCAACGAGGGCUUCCCCUCGCCGCAGGGGGGCUCCCUGCAGGGCGCCAUCCCCGACUCCGUCCUCACCCCCCCGGGGGCAGAGGGAGGCUCGGGGGGAGCGAGGAAACCUCCCUACAACGGAACUUCCUCUGCGCCACCCUCUGCCGCCGGCUUGGCGCCUCCCUCCAACAGCUCCUCGGCCGACCCCCUGUCGCCGCCGCUCUCCGCCUCCCCGCGGGACAAGCAGCAAGGCACCCCCACCCCCACCUCCUCCUCCUCCUCCUCCUCCUCCACCACCUCCUCCUCAUCGGCCCUUCUGUACUCCGGCGACCUGGAGGCACUGCAGCGCCUGCAGGCCGGCAACGUGGUGAUGCCGCUGGUCCACCGGGUCACGGGGGUCACCUUGGCCUCCACCGGCGCCACGGCCCCGUCGCGGGUCUACACCACCGGCACCAUCAGGUACGCGCCAGCCGACGUCACCCUCGCCAUGGCGCAAGGGAACCUCCUCCCCAACGCCGCCAUGAACUUUGUAGACAGCUCGGGCUUCGGCCUGGACCCCAAGACCCCCAUGGAGAUGCUGUACCACCACGUGCACCGGCUCAACAUGUCGGCGGCGGCGGUGGCGUCGGCCGGGCCCUUCGCCGGCUCCACGGGGGCCGGCGUGGGGAACGGCGCCCUGGGGGGCCAGAUGCCCACGGCGGCCAACGUGUUCACCACAGCGGAGGGGCUGUUCUCCUCCCUGCCGUUCCCGGUGUACAGCAACGGGAUCCACGGCAACGGGAUCCACGGCAACGGGAUCCACGGCAACGGGAUCCACGCCGCGCAGACCGCCCUGGAGAGGAAGGAGGACUGAGGGGGGGGGGGGGGG